AUGAUAGACCAUUGGGAGCCGAAGAUGAGCAUCAGCUCUUUGAGGGGUAUUGAUUGCAAUACUCCCAAUUUCCGAGAUCGAAGUUUCUCCAGAGUCUUGCUAGAGAGAUAUGGCAAACGUAUCCACCAAUUUGACAACAAAAAGCAGCUUCUCUCUGCUUUCCGGGAUGCUAUCGCUGGGCAUCGGAACCUAUGGAACAAAGGCAUUCUCCAUCGAGAUAUAAGCAUUAAUAACAUUCUCAUAGGUAAGGAAAAUGCGCCAGUUGGUAGUCGAGGCGUGGUCAUCGACCUUGAUAUGGCGAUUCUACUCAAUCGAGAAGGCAGUCUUGCCGGCGUCGACUUCAGGACGGGUACCCGUAUAUUCCAAUCCGUUAUGGUACUCCGAAGUCAAAUGAAACAAAAGCCGGGCAUUAUAUUCCCCACCCACGACUAUCUCGAUGAUCUGGAGUCUUGCUUUUAUGUUCUGUGCUGGAUCUGCUUUGCCUACGACGGACUACGGUUACUGAUAGACCCACAACCAAGUUUUCUGUGCCUCUGGGAGAAACUAAACCCGGAGAUAGCAAGCAAUUCCAAAUUCACGUUCUUGCACGAGUUUGCGCUUCCUGAGAUGUCUUCAUGGUUUGGGGAAACAUUUGAGACACUCCUCCAAAGUUUCCAGACGUUUCUUGUCGCCAAGAUAAAUAGGAAGACACGCAUGAUGCAUCAAAAAGUACCGCGCUUGAGCUUGGAAGAACUGAAAGCUGAUGCCACCAAACACUACGCCAUCGUCUUGGGCUUUUUUGAUGACGCAAUCAAAGAAGUGGAAGCGCUGCCCGAUGCCAGUCCACCUUUUGCUACUCGUUUGCCCCCCGCCACAGCAAGCCCCGCAACUCCACCACGAGCAUCUGCCAGUCUUGGUAAGCGACGUUCAGACGAUGUCCCAGAGGGUAGCCCCUCAAUCAAGAAACCCAGAACGAAUCCUCAUGCGCCAAGGUUCCCCUCUAACCUGUUGACGGAAACAAGUUCGAUGGAUGAUUUUUAUGGGGAUUGA